AAGAAAAGGAACUCACAAGCUGAAAGAAAAGAAAGCAUCUUGAACAUUUUGUAACAGAAGAGAAUAUCUCGGAAGGUGCUUGUCAGCUGUGAAAAUGUCUGACAAGAACCAGAUCAUUGCCAGGGCUUCUUUGAUUGAGCAACUGGUGUCUAAAAGGUAUUUUGAGGAUAUUGGUAAACAGCUUGCUGAGCUAGAAAUGAUUUAUGUGUCUAAGGAACAUCUGCAGGAGACAGAUGUAGUCAGAGCUGUUUACAGAGUUCUCAAAAACUGCCCAUCAGUGGCUUUAAAAAAGAAGGCCAAGUGUCUGCUGGCAAAAUGGAGAGGUUUCUAUAAGACUACACACUUCAAAACAAAGGAAAACCUUAAAGUACUCCAUACAAAUGUUAAUAAAUUAGAAAGUGUAGCAGUUUCUCAGGAUGUAAGCCAGGGUGAAAGAUCAGGCUCUAGCCGUAAUGAGAUAUUGGGUCUCUGCAGUUCUCUCUCUAGGCUGUCACCCCAAGAUGCUACAAAGCCUGCUGCAGCAAUUGGAUCUGAAAGUAACAUUGCUCAAAUGGAAAUUAGUGAAGGCUAUUUGGAGGGUGAUGACCCUAGAGCCACUAGCAAGAACUCAGAUGUGUUACAAAAUCCCUUAGUGUCCGUGAGAUCUAAGUGCGUAGAACUUCUUUACACAGCAUUAGCUAGUUCUUGCACAGAUCAUACAAAAGUUCAUGUAUGGUAUAACUUAGCAAGAGAAAUUGAAGAGCACAUUUUUACCCUUCAUUCAAACAAUAUCAAAAAAUAUAAAACUAUUAUUCGAAGCAAAGUUGCCAAUUUGAACAAUCCCAGAAAUUCUCAUUUACAACAAAACUUGCUCUCUGGAACCAUGUCUGCAACAGAAUUUGCUGAAAUGACUGUCCUAGACAUGGCAAACCAGGAACUGAAGCAGUUGAGAGCUUCCUACACAGAAUCUAGUAUUCAGGAACAUCACCUUCCCCAAACAGUUGAUGGCACACAGACAAAUAAAAUUAAGUGUAGGAGCUGUGAUAAAUACAACUGCAAGGUUACUGUAAUUGCCAGAGGAACACUUUUUCUUCCAAGUUGGGUGCAGAAUUCAAACCCAGAUGAACAAAUGACCUAUGUCAUUUGUAAUGAAUGUGGGGAGCAGUGGUACCAUAAUAACUGGGUGUGCUUUUGA